AUGUCGGAUGAAGAAGCAAUAUCCACUUCUGAAAAUGUAGUUGAAGAACAAACAUCGGUGAGUUCAUUCAUAGAGCUUCAAAAUUAGAAUGAAAAUUUGCAGGAAGACGCACUUCGCGAUGAAAUUCGUCGAUUCUCGAUCGCGGUUACCGAUUCUAGUCUACGUGUACAUGGAAUGUCAUAUACAUCACUUGUAAAAACGAUUGAACGAGAAAAUGGUGAUUUUCGAGGGGUUUUGCCAUAAAAUAAUGUUUUUUUUCGAAUAGUAGCUUCUGAGCCGCUGAUCACGAUUCCGAUGUCAAUUAACUUAACUAUGAACAGGAGUUAAUCGUGACACAAGUUGAAUUUUGUCUCACUUUGAAGCCCUUUCUCCUUAUCCUCAGCCACGUUAUAACUCACACUCAAAGUCGAGCUAAAUAGUAUUAGGAAUUGUGAUCAGAGGGUCUAAAACAAAUCGAAAACAUUUUUUUCAUCAAAAAAGUUGGAAAGGAUCCUGUUUACUCGGAAAAAAACGCAAUUUUUCCAGAAAUCCCCGAGCAAGUUGUCCGUGGUCUUGUCAAAAUCUCGGUUUCAUCUUCGAUUCGUCGCUAUAUUCAACCGAAAUCCUUCCAACAUGUUGCGAAGCUUUUGACAAGUUUGGCGAAAAAAGAUUACCCGAAUACGAUCAAAUCUUUCGCUCAAACUGUCAUCGCUUCCUUGCCAAUUAUUGCGAAUUUGAGCUCUUCAACUGGAUUGGCUCAAGUUCCAACUGCUAAAUGGCUUUUGACUUUGUUAGCUAAUUCGAAAUUUGAAACUGUUGCAAAAUCCGAGCAAAAGAAUAUUGUUUCAGCAUUGGCGGUGCUUAAUUUUUAUGUUUCAGCGAGUGACGAAGCUCUGAGAAUAUUCUCGAGAAAGUUGACGGGAGUUAUUAGAACGAAUUCAAAUUUAAUAGUUGCGAUUGAUUCUGAGAUCUCACAAAUAGCAAAAGAUCAACCAGAAGCUGCUCUUCUUUUAUUAUCAACAAUCUCAAAAUGUACUUCAACUCAAUAUCAACCCUCAUUAUUCAAUGAUUUGAUAUCCAAAGUGGCAAUUUUGGGAAAAGUUCGACCAUCUCAAUUUAUAAUCGAUGCAACUUCACAAUAUAUUCCAUUUAUAAACGAGAAAGAUUUCAAUGAUAAUAUUCUUCCAAAUAUCAAAAAAGGAUUAUUGAGAAGUCCGGAAGUUGCUAUUUUUGGAAUUCUUGCGAUCGUUGAAAAUGUUUCCUUUUCUCUUGAUACAUUUUCUGCUGAUAUUUUGAAAGCAACAACUGGUUCACUUCAAUCUGCUGAUGAAUUAUUGCGAGAUACUGCGAUUAAUACAGCGGUUGGAUUGACGAAAAGAGCACAAGCGAAUGCGAUUACAAAAGUUGUUAAUACACUUUUUGAUCAAUUAUCAGGUGAGAAUUGAUUUUGGAGUUAACAAAAAACAAUACAAAUCUACCAGAAAACAUUUUAUCUUGCUUUUAUUUUUAGCCGCCAAAGUUGCCGAAAAUCGAAUUGCACUUCUCAACGGAAUCGCCAAAAUCGCAAAUGUUGCCGAAUCACAAGAUUUGGACAGUGUUGCUGAAAAUGUUAUCACGAAAACCACGAAAGCGGAUAAAGAUAGUGAGUUUUGAGAACAAAAAUAAUUAAAAACGUGAACUUCUGUUCCACGUAGAAAACCACGCAGUUUCCACGAAUGAAAUGUGUAAAAACAAUCAUUUCUUUUUAAUUUCAGCUCAUGAUGCAACAGUCGAAGCUCAAUGGAAUGCCGCUGCUCAAUGGGCUCAAAAACUCAAUAAAAUCACACCAGGCCUAGUGCCCGCUUUCAAAGAUUCGUCAAAAAUCCAACCAACAGUCAGAUAUAUCGCUUAUCGAGUUUUGAAUGAUAUUCUUGAAAAACGAGAAAGUAAUGUGUUGCCGGAUGGAGUUGAGAAUAAAGCAUUUUUGGCCGAAAUUGAGGUUGCACCAAAAGGCGAAAUUGGAUCGAUUGGUCUUGCUUUGUUGUUAUUGAGAACUUUGAAAAAAGGAAGUGAUGAACAUACGAAAGUUUGGACAAAAGCCGCCAAUUCUGAAGCAUUGUUUAGAGUGAGGAUUUUAUCAAUCCACGAUUUCCUGUUUCCCAUAUGUUUGCUUUUUUCUAGGAAAAAUCAUUGCAAUCAACAAAAUGGCAAGAUGCAGUUGCUUGGGCGAAAUUAGUUGAACUCCUAAUUUUAUCUCGCCCAGCUUCUUCUACUUCUUCUUAUCCAACAACAGCACUUCGCGCAUUAUCAAUUCUUCUUUUCUGGCCAAAUUGGAAUGUUCGACAACAAGCAAAUAAAACAUUAUUGAAUAUUUUGAAUACUGAAAAAGCGCUUUUCGCUGAAGAAUUGGCUGAUUUGAUUUAUUCGGAAACUGCGAAUGGAAAUAUUGAUUUCUUGUUGAGAAGAGUUCCUGGAUGUCCGGAUGCAAAUGAAUGGACUGCUCCUGGCGAGUGGUAUGUUCAGGUUAGUUUUUAGACUUUUUCCAUCUUGAGUGUGUGUAAUAUUUGGAAAUCUGAAUUCCCUCUUUGUUGAUUAGAAUCUAACAUCCACGGAAUUCAUUAAAAUCUACCAUUUUAUCAUCUUUUCUAGACAUUUUUUCAAAUUCCUUUGUUUAUUCGUUAAACUUCUGUAACCUAAUAUUCAUUAAUUGUCACAUUUUUUUUCUGUCAUUUUUUUCUCAUCUGGUUGACCUUUUUUUAUUAUAUGCUCCAUUAUGACUGUAAUUUGAUCUACUCUGGUCAUAAAUCUUCAAGGAUUACGAUAUUAGGAUUCAGAUAAUCAUAGAUAAUGUUGCAAAUAAGCCGAAAAAUGUUCUAGAUUUUGUACGUUUCAAAAAAGAUUUGUCAAAAUUUCAAAAAUGAUAACUUGAGAAAAAUAAACUUCGUUCAGAAAUAACCUUAUCGCAAAAAAAUGACUUUUACUUCCAAUUUCUUAAUGUAAGAUCCCGUGGAACCCUUGAAAAUAUUAUAAUCCCCACUUUUGAGACAUAAACUAUUAUUAUUAAUUUGAGACGAAGUAUACUUAAAAAUUACAACCACAAUGUAACAUACAUUUUCAGACAUUGCGCAAUUUAUUGACUCCAACUGGACCAGAACUCGACAAACUUGCAAUUCAUACACUUUUGUUGGCUUCGAUUCAAAGACUUGGUGAGUUGCGAAAAAUUCGAAUAAUUAGAGUGAACUUCUAUUUUAAAAGACAGUCUGGAAAAAUUACUCUGAAAAAAUUAAAACCACAAAUUUUUCAGUGGAAGUUGAUGGUUCGGUUUGGCUUCGUUGGAUUCAUGAACAUCGAGAAUCAAAAACGUGGCAAGCAAAUGAGAAAUUCCGCGAAACCGCAAUUCAACGAGUUCUUCAAUGCGAACAUCGACAAGUUCGAAAUACUGCUCUGAUUACACUUGUUGCUUUGAAUGAUGAACAAUUGAAAAAUGAUUUGUGGAAAAAUGUUGAGCAAAAUAUUCGAGAAUUGGAUGUGAAAGCAUAUUCAAAAAUCACUGAUAAUCAAAUUGCGAUUUAUAAAUGCCCAGAAGGACAAUUGUAUAAUACAAGAGCGCUAGAUUUGUGAGUUGACCGGGCAAAAUUUAGAAGAAGGUUUUUCGAAAAAUAGAACGGAACGUUUCCUUCUUUUUCAUUUUACUUUUUUUUCAAAUUUUUAAAAUAAUUCUCAAGGUUGAGCAGGUGUUUGAAUUUCAAAUAAAUUUCAAUAGAUAUUUUUCUUUCAAAAGCCUAAUUAACAAAAAUUGCUAUAGUUUGCAUCAUUUUUCAACACAAUGUUUGUUCCCGAUAAUUUAUUGAGACGCAACAUUGAAUAGGUCACUAGUGAUUUUUCGAAAGCAGCUGCCCAGAUGUCUAUGGUAUACUGUAUUGCACUUAACACCUGCGAGAAACCUGUGAAAAUGUACUUUUUUCUAGUGAUGAAGCGGCUGGAAUCAAAGCACAGAAAGGAAGUCAUGCUGAACAACAAGCUGAAAUUCAACUCAUGUAAGAACAACACAAUUCUAAAAUUACAAACAAAGCAACAUUUUUUCCAGACGAGAAUUAGCUGAAAAACGGCGAAAAGAAGGCAAAUUGUCGGCGAAACAAAAGCAAGUGAUGGAUAAGGAAUUGGCGAGUGAAAAGGAGAUUCGAGAUGAAUUGAAACAGUUAUUCGAAUCAGCUGAAGUUAAAUUGGAUCAAGUUAGAGCUAUGGUUAAUGCUGAUCAUUCAGGAGCUCUUUAUAGGUUGGUUAGGGAAAUGGAAAUUUGGGUGGCUGGAAAAACGGGCUGUAAAAAAUUUUGUAGUUUUCAAAUUUCAAAUUGUGGAAAUUCACAAAAACCCCCAUAAUAAUUUCGUAAAAACCACAUUUUUAUGGUUUUAAUAAUCGAAAGGUGCUCUAGCUUUUGAGAUUAAAAUUUGUUCUGAUCCCUCCUAUAAUCCUUCACCUUUUCUCAAAUUUUCAUUAAAUAAAUGCACAUUUACGUCUUUUUUCUCGAAAUCCUCCAAACCCCCAAAUGUUUUGUUCAUCUACCUUCUCCCCGAAAGCUCAAGAUAAUCUAUAAUUAUUAUUAUACAUGUUUGUCACCUGCUCUCAUUCCAGCUUAUAAUAUACUCUCGUGUGUGCAGCAAAAAUUAAUUAAAAAGCAUACCGCGCGAGAGUGAAAUAGAAUACUAAAUGUGUAAUUAUAGUAUUAAAUUCGUAUAGAUCUAUCGAGCGAUAGAAAACGAUUACAACAUUUAUAAUAAGUUAUGAAAGAGCAUAAGGAAAAAUGACACAAAAACAGGUGUUUUGGGAAGAUUUUGGUUCUUGUGAAAUCAGUGAAGCGAAAAAUGAGCAAGUGACAAUUUGGGAAUGGGGCCAAGAAAUCACACCUCGGCCAAGCCGUGGCUGGCCAGAGUACAAUUUUUUGAAAAAUCUGAAUUUCAGUUUUUAGAGGACAAAAACUGAAAAAUUCACAAUUUUUGUACUGUAAAAAGUUAGCGUACAAUUUUUUAUUGUGGAAACCACGAUUUGAGAUCUGAACUACUGAAAAUUUCAGACUCAAAGCCUAAAAGUUGGCCGGGUGAAGCCUGUUGCAUUUAAAAAGAAUCUUGCCAAAUGUUUUAUACUCAAACCGCAAUCCAAAAUUUCCUAUUUCAAAACCCUGUUUUUUCCAGAGCCACAAUCCUGUUUGAUUAUUGUCUUCCGUUAACUCGAUCUUCAUUGGUCUCACAACAAGCUGCUCUUCUAUUUUUGGCAUAUCGAGAUGCUUGUUUCGAACAUUCCGAUGAUUAUCUUGGUUAGUUUUCUGUGUGUUUUUUCAGACAUUUGUAGUCGUAUAGCGAGUACAAAACUAGGAGAAUUUUCCGGAAAGUACAUUUUGAUCAGAGGGGUUUUUUUAUCGGAGAAAUCAAGUUCUUGAACAUUUAUGAAAAGCCAUGAAAAUUGGAUUUUUUAAAAACACAGUGAAAAUCUUCGCUAAAAUACGUUUCGGAAUUUGAGUAUCUUAAGAAUUUACAAUUAGAAAUGUUUUCUGGUUAGUGGAUAUUUUUGAAAAGAAAAAUAAGAAAAAUCCAAAAUGUUUGACUUGGAAUGAAUAUGUUUCAGAAUAUUUGUAUAAGAAAAAUUUUCUCUAAUUUUGCGACUGAACAUUGUGGAUUUAAAAAAAAAGGAUUUUUUUGAUAAUGUGAAAAGAGGAGGUUUUGGGAAAGCAUGUCAUAAAUAUAGAUCAUUUCAAAUUUAGAAUAAAGUUUUAAAUUUUUCAUCAAAAAGUCGUUCAGAAAAACGAAGGAGAAAUCUGGGCUAAAAUGGAAGUUUUGUGUCAGGAAAAUGACGAAUUUUUACUGAUCAAUUCAAUAUUUUAACACAAAGUUUUUGAUUGUUAUUCUAGGAAAAAUCCAUAUUCUGCCGAAGUCAAUAUAAAACUUGAGCUUUGACUAGAGAUCUCCAUAAAAAAUAAAACAUUGUUCUUUUGUUUUUGUAGUCCCAUCAAUUCCCAAUAAAAAAUGAUGUAAUUUUCAUUCGUUUUCACAUUUCCAUAAAUUAUCUUUGGUUUUCUUGGUUUUUUCUCUUCUCCCCUCUUUUUUUUCCAAUAUUUUUCUAUAAUUUCCUUUCCUCGCAAAAGUAUAAAUAUGUAUUGAAUUGAUUCUUGGUAUGACACUCAUCAACCUUUAUACUGUAUUUUUAAAAAGUAUAAAAGUUCGAUCAGUGUCAUUACAAGAAUAACCCAAAUUUAAUAGGAAUAGGAACAUUAGGAGGAAAAUAGAAACUAUUAGUUGACAAAUGAAACUGAAGCUUUUCGUUUUGGUCGAGAAAUGGGCGGAGCUUGUGGGAAUAUGAGAAAGGGGCGGUUGCACUUUUUUUGCUGUUGGUUGGCGCCAAAAUAAAAUCGAUUUUGUCGAGAAAAGGGCACGACAGAAUUCCUAUGAGAAAUAGAUAAAUUACUCUCUUUCACUGGAAAACUGUGUAACAUAAAACACACACAGCAAAAAAUGUCUCGCUCCUUUUUUGUUCGGAAAAAAGAAAUGAUUAUUAGCGUGACCACCUAUACUUUAAAAUGUGUAAUUUUUGGUUGUUUUUACCCCCAAAGUUUUUUCUCGGGAAUGCGUGGUUUCUUCUUAGUUUUCGAUGAAAUGGGAAUUAUUGGGAAGACUAAGAAUGAGAGAAAAGAUUAUUGAUGGAAUUGGGAAAGUGAAAAUGGAAUAGGAACUUUUUAAAAUCAAUGAGCUUAAAUGAAGUUAUUGUCAACUUCAAAAAAUCUGACAGACAACAGAAUAGCAGGAGGCGAAAUCAUAAAAGUGGUAUUCCAAAAAAUACUGAAGAAUUUUUUUUGAUAAGCCUGAGCCUAGCUAGACUCCUUAUGUCGUUUGGGGUGAACGGGUGGGGUGAAUAGCUUAAUCAAUCAAAUGAACGACCGCCUAUGAUGAUAUGUUUAUGUUUCUAAUGAUAUUUGAGAAGAAUAUAACAAAGUUCAAAUGUGAUUAAACUUAUAAACAAAAUGAUUGAAUUUCAAAACAUUUCAGGAAAUAGAUAUUUAAAACAAAAUGGGUGGGCAAAAUAUGCAAAUAAAUCUUUGGGGGGAAAAUGUGAAGUACUUCGAAUUAUUGAGAACGUUUUCGGAAAUAUGAAUUUGGUUCAAGGCACACGUUGAUUUUGAGUAUAUAAAUCGAGAGAAUGUGUCUAGAAAUCUCUUCAAGCCCAAAACUGAUCGCGAGUCAGCUGUAGAAAAUAAGAAAUAUUUCAGCUGUGUUUCUAGCUUCUUUUCCCUUUCUCAAAUUGUACGCGUUUUCCCUUUCACGUAAAUAACUUGAGUCAAUCGAUUUUCUAAUUUCAGUAUUUUUUUACAAUAUUUCAAAAAAUCGUUUCUCAAUAAUUUGAAGUUUUGUCAAUUUUUCAUUAACUAUUUUUAUAUUUUGCCCACCCAUUUUGUUUUGAAUAUCUAUUUCCGGAAAUGUUUUGAAACUCAAUCAUUUUGUUUAUGAAUUUAAUCAAAUUUGAACUCUGAUAUUUUUUUUGUCAAAUAUCAUUAGAAACAUAAACAUAAACAUAUCAUUAUGGGCGGUCGUUUCUUCUUUUUCUUCUUCUUUUCUUCCUUCUGCAAUAUUUUGCUCACGCCCAUUUUUAGACUCCGCCCACUUUUUUGUCGAAAGUACAUCGUAUAAAAGGCGACAGCAUUCAGAGUAUUCUCACAAAAUAUUCUUCCUUCCUUCAUUCUUAUUCUCUACUUGAUUUGUAUCUCUCUCGAUAUGACACUCAAGCGAAAUUCGAAAUUAUUGACAUAUUUCAGAUUUCUUGCUUUUGUGUCAUGCCAAGAGGAUUGCAAUAUAUUUUUUAUAAAAUAUUGUGGAAAAAAAAGAAAAAAAUAUAUAUAAAUAAUCCUUUUCGUUGGAAUGAAGGAAAUCUGAGUCACAUAGCAAGAAAAUUAUUAAUUUGUAAUCAUGUUCAAAGAGACGCAGGGAAAGAGAGCGCUGCUGGCAAAAAGCCAAGAUUGGUUUGGUACUGAAUAUUAGACGCCGCGCGAAGCGAGAAACUUUUGACAAAAAUCUUAAAAACGGCUGCACCAUAUUUGAAUUGUUACUGACAGUAGACAAAUAAUGGUGAUUAAUAAAAAGACAAUGGGGAAACAAUUGACAAAACCGUGUGAACAUGGUUUUUUUUUUGUUGUUGAGAAGUAUCGAUUUUUGGGUAGCUUUUGGAAAAAGAAUAUACAGAAACUGUCACAAAAAAAUACGAAAAUUUAGAAGUUUUUCAAAAAUUUUCUUAUUUUUCUGAAAAAACUCCCAAUUUUUGCCCGGAACAAGUUUGAAUUUCAAUCUGAACUAGAUGAUUUUUUGAAACUCACAAACACUGAAGAAAAAGCUUGGCACAAAGUUUUUUUUUUGAGAAAAUCUAAUUUGUUCUGAAACGUUCGUUGAGCUUUUUCUAUAUUUCACACAUGUAUACUUUUUUUCUGAAAAAUGGAUUUGAUUCGAAAAAUCAAUGGAACUAUGAUUUUUGGGGCCAAUUAGGAAAUACUUAUUAUGAAAAUUUGAGCUUUGAAACAUGGGGCUCGAAAAUACAAUCAGAAAAUUGUCAAUUACAAAUAUCAACAAACAAUUUAAAACACAUCAAAAGUGAAUAAUUUUCAGAGGAACUUGUUGGAAGCAGUUGGUUGCGAGUUAUCGGAAGUGAAUAUCGUAUUCAAGGAUGGAGCGAUGAAAAUCUCGAUUCAGCACUCAAACGAAUGUUCUCAUUACUGAACGAAAGAGCAUUUGUUGUUGAUACUGGAGAUGAUGAAGAUGAUGGAAUUGUUUUUGAUGAUGAAAUUGUUGGAGCACCACAAUUGACACUUUUAUAUCCAAUGAUUAAGGUAAAAAUUAAACUCAAAAAUUCCAAUAAAUUAAAAAAUGGCGUUGAACCUCAAAAACACUCAUUAUCUUUACAUAUUUAAUUUCAGAUAAUUCUCCGUAGUGAUCGAUUUGGUGAGCAAAGUCGUACUGAUGCUCUUCAACUUUUACAAAAUGCAAUCAAUAAGAAAUUCCUUCGUGAUCGUGAUGUUCUUAGUCUUCCAAUGGAACAUUAUGCAUCAAUGCUUUUCGAAUUUUAUUCGCAAUAUUUGACAACUCAAGCUUUCAAAGCAACUCAACAACUUGUUCGACUUGCAAAUGAUACAAAUGAUAUUGGAGAUCGAGUGAUUGGAAUGAUUCGUGAAAUAUUAUCAUAUGUUUCACAUGAUAAACAUGAAGUCCGAAUUAGUGCAUUGGAAGUGUUGAGUGCACCACAAUUAUUGAUGAGAAUUAUUGUUGAAGGAGGAAUUGAGACAUCGAUUGCUAGAGAGAUUUUGGUUAGAGUUUUUGUGGCGAGAUUUGAUCCGAUUGAAACUGUUGCGAAUGUGGCUGAUCGAUUGUGGAUUGAGAAUCAUUUGCAAAUUAAAACUGUUAUGGGAUUGGCACUUGUUGGUGAGUUUUGAGUGGUGGGAAAAUCAUGGGUAGUGCAAAAUUGGUGAUAUUUUUGAAAAUUUUCAUUUCUUUACUAAAAACCUAGAAAUGUGGAGCUUUGAAUUCUUGAUAGAGUACCUUUUUCAGCACAGACAGCAUUUUGUUUAUGAAAAUUAUACAAUAAAAUUAUCGUGUGAAUUUGGAAGAUUGUUGUUUUCGAAAAUAAUAUAACCAGAAAGUUGUGAGAAAAGGGGACUUUUAGGUUGAUUUUUUUAUUCGAAAAAAACCUGUCUAAAAUUUUACAGCAGAAUUCACUGACUGAAAAGUCAAAAAAUUUUCAAUAAUUUCUUGAUUCAUCCCAUUUUUUGUAAUUCCACAAAAAACCUAAAUUUUUUGCAGAAGAAUGUGUUUCGCCAUCAGCUCUUGUUCGCGAUUCGGCUUCUCGUGCUAUUUUCGCAUACAUUGAAGAAAUUCCCGAAGAAAUGAAUAAUAUUUUGAAUAAGUUUGAUGAGGUAACAUUUUUCAUGCCCAUUUUUCACCCUACAAAAAGGAACUCCCUGGCUAUGACACGCCAGAUGAUUUGUAGUCGAUUUUGUAGAACUACAAGUCACUGAUGUGUCAUGACUAGUGUGAUUUCUUUAUUUUUUGUUUAAUAUCUUUUUUCGGGAUUUAUUUUUUGAUAAGCUCAACUUCAAUAAUAUUUUUGUUUCAGACUUAUAAAGAUCUUGUUGUUGUUCGCGGUGCGAUUUUCGAUGAAGUUGGAAGAAUGCAAAGAGAUACGAUUGAUGAAUGGGAAAGAAGAUCGGGAAUUGGAAUGGCGCUUGUUGGAUUAUCGACUAUUGUUAAAGUUGAUGAGGCUGAGCAUCUCAUCAAAAUUGUGAGUAUUUUCGACCAGUAAGAGUCUGAAAAAACGGUAGCUAAACUUUUCAAAGAAAAAGUCAAUUUUAAAGAUUUUAUCCCUGGAAUUAAUUUUCCGAAAAACUAGGUCAUUUGAAACUUACCGACAUGCUCAUUAUUUAUCCAGAAUGUCAAUUCAAAAUUGUACUUUUUCCCACAACAUCUUGGCUUUGUAGAUGUGGUUUUUUUUUGCUUAAAAAAGUGCCGAGGAUUUCCAGAGCCCUUUUUCUCCUCUUUUUUGAGAUUAACUCGUUGGUACGUCUGAAAACCGAAUUAAUCUCAAAAAGAACGAAGCAAAAAUUAGCAUAAAUCCAAUUUUCCUGGGGGGUUUCGUCAUCUUUUUGAUUUAUUACUGAAAGGCUGACAAUUGGUAAUUUUUCGGGGGAUUGGCUAAAAAUAGAAAGUGCAAGAAUGUGUCAGAAUUAUAAUGAAUUGAAAAUCUGAAAUUUUGAGGGAAAAAUGAGAACUUGGAAAGUUGGAAGAAAUUCAGGAGAAAUAGUUGAGCCUAGGCCUGAAGCUCAGGUCCGGAAAUUCUGUUCGUUAGGUUUAACCCUGAUUUUCACGCCUGGAUUUCAGCCUAUGGUUCAAUUUUCAGCAUGUUGAUUUUUUUCUCGAAAAAGGUAGCCCUUAUUCCCCAUAAUGUUUUUUUCCAGAUUGUGCCAGAUGGUCUUUCUGAUCGCCGAGCUGAAUGUCGAAAUGAAUUGCGAAAUGCAGCUGUUGAAACAAUUCGAAGACACGGAGCUGCAAUUAUGUCAAGAUUAUUACCAUUUUUAGAAGAUUUAUCGGAUAAAACACCUUCAAGUGAAGAUCAUGAUAAUAGAAGACAAGGUUUAGUUGUUCUUCUUGGAACACUUGCACAAUAUAUUGAUUCGACUGAAAAAGUCAAAAGUAUUGUGUCUCGUUUGAUGGAUGCACUUUCAACUCCAAGUCAAACUGUUCAAGAUUCUGUUUCGAAGUGUUUAUCACCUUUGGUACCAAAAAUCCGACAAGAUGCAAAAGAUUUGGUUAGCAAAUUGCAACAGACUUUGUUCGAAGGUGCGACUUAUGGAGAGAGAAGAGGAGCCGCUUAUGGAAUUGCUGGAUUUUUUGAAAGGAAUGGGAAUUAUUGCAUUUAGGGAUAUUGAUUUAUUGCAAGCUGUUCAGAAAAAUAUGGAAGAUAAAAAGAGUGCAAAACAUCGUGAAGGUGGUUUAUUAGCAUUGGAAAUAUUAUGUAGUUCAAUUGGAAAAUUAUUUGAACCUUAUAUUUUGAAAUCAUUGCCUGCUCUUUUGUUGGCUUUUGGUGAUAAUGAUUCAAAUGUUCGACAAUCUGCUGAAGAUACUGCAAGAGCUAUGAUGGCUUCAAUGACUGUUUAUGGAACAAAAUUAAUUUUACCGUCAUUAUUGACAGCACUUGAUGAUGAAUCAUGGAGAACUAAAUGUGCUGCUACAGAAUUAUUGGGAUCUAUGGCAUUCUGUGCACCAAGACAAUUAUCCGCUUGUUUGCCAAAUAUUGUGCCGAAAUUGAUUGAAGUUUUAGCGGAUUCUUCAUCGAAAGUUCAGAAAUCAGGAGAAAAAGCUUUGCAACAAAUUGCGAAAGUUGUGCGAAAUCCGGAGAUUUUGGGAGUUACCAAUAAAUUGAUGGCUGGAUUAUUGGAUCCGGCGAAUCGAACAAGUGAAGCGUUGCAGGUUUGUCAUUUGAUUUUCUAUAGACAUGCGUUUUGAAACCGUUUUUUAAAAUAAUUUUAGACUUCAUUCAGAAAUGAGAUACCAAAAAAAACCUAGAAUAAGAAACUUGUUUGUUCGCGAAAAAAUUUAAAAGCCGCGCGCAGAUCAAAAAAAUUUUCAUUUUAAAUAAUCUCAUAAGUUUUUUCUCCACAUUUUCUGACUAGACUUUAAAAAUUUUUAAUCUUGAAUUUUCGAAAUAACUCAGAGAUUCGCUGGCCAGCUCGCCACCAGAUCGCUGCGGCCACUUGGAAACCGCAUGGCCGCCAGGUCGCCUUGAGUUUUCCGGCCACGUGGCCUGUGUGUUUGAAAUUCUGGAAAGCUGGCAAGACAGUGGUUUGUACUCAAAACACUGCCUUUUCUACUGUUUUUUUCACUUCAUAAGGUUUCAAGUGCUGCGAAAAAACAGAAAAUGAGCCAAAUUUUUCGAAAAUGCCUCAAUUCACAAGUUUUUCAGACAUUUUCAUGAAAAUUCAUUUUGACGCGGCGAAGUGGCCACCACGUGGUAGCCAUGUGGCCGUGACCUAGCCAGAGCCUGGCCACCUUGCCAGCGAAAAAAACCGGGCGACAUGGUUUCCAUGUGGUUCCCAGGUCAGCCAGCCUCCCCACCUGGUGGCGAGCUGGCCAGCGAAUCUCUGAGAAAUAUUUACCCUUUCAUAAAUUUAUUUUUCAGGCAGUUCUCAACACAAAAUUCAUCCAUUACAUCGAUGCUCCAUCUUUGGCUCUUAUGAUGCCAAUUGUGAGAAGAGCAUUUGAAGAUCGAAACAGUGAAACAAGAAGAGUUGCUGCUCAAAUCAUUUCCAAUAUUUAUUCGCUCACCGAAAAUAAAGAUAUGGAACCAUAUCUUCCACAUAUGGUUCCAGGACUCCAAAGAUCAUUGUUAGAUCCAGUUCCUGAAAUUCGUGCUGUUUCUGCUCGUGCACUUGGAGCUGUUGUAUCGAAAUCUGGAGGAACAACAAGCGAAAAAUUGAGAGAAGAAGUUGUUCCAUGGUUGAAAGAGAAACUUGUAUCACAACAAUCGACUGUUGAUCGAUCUGGAGCUGCGCAAGGAUUAUGUGAAGUUUUGGCUGGUGUUGGAACUGAUCAAUUAGAUUUCGUUAUGCCUGAAAUUAUUGCGGCCACUGAAAGCACUGAAGUAUCUGCUGAAACUAGAGAUGGAUAUAUUUUGAUGUAUAUUUAUUUGCCAAUGGUUUAUGGUGACAGAUUUGUUCCGUAUUUACCGCAAGUUGUUCCACCGAUUUUGAAAGCAUUGGCCGAUGAAAAUGAGUGAGUUUUAGAAUGUGGAUUAUUACAACCUUAUCAAAAUCUAGGAAUUCUUAGAACUGAACCAAAAUUUGAAUUCGUAUUUUUUGGGCCAAAAACACAUUUCAAAAUUGUUUGUUGAAAUUUGAGAGAUCCGGGUGAAAGUGUUUUCUUCACAUUCACUGAAAUUAAAAAAAAUUAUUUUAAUUGUUAUUCAUCCUUCUUUCUUGCCAGAUAUGUUCGAGCAUCAGCUCUCAAAGCCGGUCAACGUCUUAUUUCUCAAUAUUGUUCACAUGCUCGCAAACUUCUUCUUCCACAAUUACAAAUUGCUUUGACUGAUGAAAAUUGGCGUAUUCGUUAUGCUUCAGUUCAAUUAAUCGGUGAUUUCCUUUUCAAUGUUUCUGGAAUUUCUGGAAAAUCAACAUCAAGCACUGCUGAUGAAGACGAUACAAUGGGAAUGGAACAAGCUGGAAAAACAAUUGUUCGUGCAUUGGGACAAAAAGACAGAGAUCGUGUAUUGGCUGGAUUAUAUCUGGUUCGUUCUGAUGUUGCACAUGUUGUUCGACAAGCAGCUGGACAUGUUUGGAAAAUGGUUGUGGCAAAUACACCAAGAACUCUUCGAGAAGUUAGUAAAUAUCUAUUCGAAAUGGUUGUUGAUUCAUUGGCUUCUUCUUGUGAUGAAAGACAACAAAUGGGAGCGAGAUGUUUGGGAGAACUUGUUCGAAAAAUGGGAGACAAAGUUAUUAAUGAUAUUUUGCCGGUGUUGGAUACCAAUCAGAAAUCCGAUGAUGUUUCGAAACGUGUUGGAGUGGCGAUGGCGCUUAAUGAAAUUAUUAAGAAUAUGAGCAAGGUAUGGAUUAUGAGAGGAAUUUAUUAUUUCCAAAAUUUUCUCUUUUUUUUCAACGUCCUAAAGAAACUAAAAUAUCAGAAGCUUGUUUAAAUUUUUUAGUAAAAAAAACGUGGGAAACGUAAAAAUCUCAAGUUUCGGAAAAUAUUUCAUUCAAAAAGAAAUAUUGGGAUUAUACGGAUUUAUAUUUACAGAAAACUAAUAUCUGUUUUUAAUUUCAGGAAGUCACAAAUCAUUAUCUUUCUUCAAUUGUUGAACCAGUUCGCGCAGCUGUUUGUGAUGAUGAUGAACUUGUUCGAACUGCUGCCGCUGAUACAUUCACAAUUCUCUAUCAUGUUGUUGGAAACGAAGCACUCGAUGAAAUCAUCUGUCCACUUCUCGAAAAUCUCACCCCAGAACAAGAUCAUGUUCUUGCUGGUCUUUGUGAUGUUAUGAAACAGAAUAGUCGAGCAAUGCUCCCAUAUUUAUUGCCAAAAUUGACAAAACCACCAGUCAAUGUUCAUGCAUUGUGUAGUUUGGCAUCAGUUUCGGGUGAUUCUUUGAGUCGACAACUUCCAAAAGUUUUGGAUGCACUUUUGGCAUCUUGUGAGACUAAUGAUGAAAAUGAUCCGGUUAGUUUUGAAAGGUUUUUUUACAAAAAAAUAUUGUGGAUUAGCUUAACUGAGUUAUGAUGUGGCAAAAUGUGAAAAAUCGAUUUUUUUCGAAUGGUCUAAAUCCUUCGAAAAUGGAAAUUUAUUUGAGAAUUUGAAAAAAAAGUUGUUUCUUUUUUUUUUAUAAAAUCACGGUUUAUCGGAAAUUUACCUAUUUUGCUACGUCAUAACUUAUUUUUAGAAUUGACCUAAUUGGAAGCAAUUUUCUGACAAUCGGAUUGUUCUUAACAAAAUUUUCAUAACUUUAUUUUCAGAUGAUUGACUCUUGCGAAAAGGUUGUUAUUGCUGUCACCGAUGAAGAUGGCAUUCCAGUUUUACUCGAUUAUUUGAUCAAACGUGCCUCUUCUGAUAACAAUGUUCCAGCUGCAGUUCUUCUCAAUACUUUCAUCGCAAAAAGUGGUGUCAAUUUAUCUGAAAUGGCUGAAGAUGUUCUUCCUGGUCUUCUUCAACUCUACACUUCUGAAAAUCUUCAAAUCGUUGAUAAUGUUAUUGGAGCUGCAAUUGCAUUGACACAAUCAAUGGAUCAAAAAGAAUUGUUGUCGAUUUUACCAUCUGCUAGAAAAACUAUCAAUUCGAUUGUUUAUACAUCAAAAGGACAACAAAUUAAUGGAUUUUCGCACCCGAAAAGUUUACAACCAUUAUUGGGAAUGCUUAGGGAAAGUAUUUUACAAGGAGGAACUGAAACAAAAGCAAUGGCUGCUGAAACAUUGGGAAUUGUUGUUAAAAUAUCCGAAGUUGCUGCUCUCAAAUCACAUGUUGUUAAUAUAACUGGACCAUUGAUUCGUGUUCUUGGUGAUCGUUAUCCAGCAAAUGUCAAAUUGCCAAUCAUCGAAACUCUCAGCAAAUUAUUGGACAAAGUUGAUGCGAUGUUACGGCCAUUCUUGCCACAACUUCAAUCGACAUUCUUGAAAGCACUUCAAGAUCCAACAAGUCGACCAGUUCGUUUGGCUGCUGGUGGAGCAUUGGCUCGUUUGCUCAAAUUGCACCCGAAACCUGAAACUACGGUUGUGGAGUUGCUUAAAUUGUUGGCAACUACGCAAGAUGAACAAUUAUUGUGAGUUUUUUGAGCUCCUCAUGAGGAAGGUGGAUUUUUAUUAUAAAAAUCGUGCUGACCUGUGAAAAUUGAUUGAAUUGACUUUUAAAUAGGGUUGGAAAAACAGUGUAUUUGCGUACACGGAUACACGCGCAGCCAAAUACACGAAUACACGGUACACGAAUACACGCGAUACACGAAUACACGGAUACACGAAUACACGCAAUACACGAAUACACUGUACACGAAUACACGGUUUUCUUCUCUUCUCAAGCAAUUUAUAAAAAAGCGUGUAUUCGUGUAUUCGUGUAUUCGUGUAUCCGUGUAUUCGUGUAUCCGUGUAUUCGUGUAUCGCGUGUAUUCGUGUACCGUGUAUUCGUGUACUGCGUGUAUUCGUGUACCGUGUAUCGAGCGCGUGUAUCCGUGUAUUUUUUUCCAACCCUACUUUUAAAAAACUUGGAAUUCUGUAUUUUCACCCUAAUAUUUCCCCAUAUUCAUUUUCGAUAUUUCAGAGAAUCAUCAUUGGCAACAGCUCGUGCACUUGUUUCAACAAGUCAUUCGAAACUUUCUCAAUCAACAAUUGAUGAAAUUUAUCGCGUAACUGAACUCAUCUAUUCGCCAGAAGUUGAAAAUCCAUCAGAAAUUGAUAUUUCAUUAACCGCGUGUAGUGGUGCACUUCUUGGAGAAACAAUUGCUCGAAAAGAAGAAUGGAAUAUUGCACAAUCUAGUAUUUUAUCAGCAAUUGAAUCAACAAAAACAAAACAAAGAACUCGUCAAGCAAAAGCAGCUGCUCUUCAACAAUUGUGUUGUUCAAAUGCUGAAGGAUUAUGGACAUCUGAAGCGAAUUCAGCAUGUCGAAGUGCAUUUGCGAAUGCUUUUUCAUCCCAAGAUAUUAUUGUUGCUUGUUGUGCUCUUCGAGCUGUUUCUUAUAUUUUGAAUGUUGAUGUUGAUCGAGAAUUGCUUUCGUUGGUUGCCAAGUCUUUGAAUCAUCAAUCGAUUGAUGUUAGAAAAACUGCAUCGAUUGCAUUGGGACAUGUUGGAAAGAAUAAUAAUUUAUCGAAUGAUUUGUUAAAGGUGAGCUGGAUUAGAUUUGCUCAAUUUUUAGAGAAUUAUUCUGAAUCGGCCUCGAAAAUUCGGAUAACUUUUUACCGAAAUCCAAUAAUUUUUCCAGAUAAUUGCUCCACAUUUGGUGAAUGGUUGCAAGGAAAGUAAUUCGGCAGUGAGAUCUGCUUCGGAAUUGGCACUUGUUCAUGCAUUGAAAAUGGACAAAGAUGAGGAGAAAUAUGAGGUUUGCUUUAUUUUAAAUUUUUGUUGAAAAAAAAUGAAUCAAACAAAUCUAAAUCUUCACAAAAAAGUAUUUUUUUCUCGCGCUAAAAUUAAAAUGGCCUUUUCGAAAACCUAUAAUUGUAUUUUUCCAGAGUUACCGUAACACUUUGGAAGGAAUUGUUCAAAAGAAUCUCGAAGAAGUUCGUGUUUCUUUGGCUCGCGCGGUUCGAAAUGGAGAUUUGGAUUUGGAAACUCUCGAAUCAACUCUUACAGUUUCAUAA